AUGCCGGACCUCAGCCCUAUUAACCUCGCUUGUGCCCUCGGUAUAACCACCAGCAAACCUCCCCUCAGCUUCUUUAGUCACCCUCCAAGUAGUCACCCUCCAAGUAGUCACCCUACAAGUAGUCACCCUCCAAGUAGUCACCCUACAAGUAGUCACCCUCCACGUAGUCACCCUCCAAGUAGUCACCCUCCACGUAGUCACCCUACAAGUAGUCACCCUCCAAGUAGUCACCCUACAAGUAGUCACCCUACAAGUAGUCACCCUCCACGUAGUCACCCUACAAGUAGUCACCCUACAAGUAGUCACCCUACAAGUAGUCACCCUCCACGUAGUCACCCUCCAAGUAGUCACCCUCCAAGUAGUCACCCUACAAGUAGUCACCCUCCAAGUAGUCACCCCUCCAAGUAG